AUGCCGGAAUCUCCAUGUUUACCUUUGGAACCUUCUGUCAACAUCCAUGUUGACCCCAUAGUAUUAAUAGCCAAGCAUGAGAUAUUUGCCAUCAGUGACCAGUUGGGAUCUACUAAUGCUUUCAUUUUUGUGUCCAUUGCCCCUCUGUACGUUGUAUUGUCUCGUGAGCAGUCACCCUCAUGA